UUUUAGUAAACACCCAUCCCUAACUAUAGCGUUGCAAAAAAAGUUGCAGUCAAAUAGUAAACAAUUUAGGGCCCAAUCAUGAUUCACAGCCUGUUUAUAGUGAACAGCGGCGGCGAGGUUUUCUUGGAAAAACACUGGCGGUCGGUGGUCUCACGUUCCGUAUGCGAAUACUUCCUCGACGCCCAGCGUGCCGCUCCAUAUGAUGUGCCGCCGGUGAUAGCUACGCCUCACUACUAUUUGAUUACGGUGCAAAGGGACACGGUGUCCCUGGUGGCCGCAUGCAAACAGGAGGUGCCACCCUUGUUCGUCAUCGAGUUCCUGCAUCGCGUGGUGGACACGUUCCAGGAUUAUUUUGGCGACUGUUCAGAGUCCGUGAUCAAGGACAACUAUGUGGUCGUGUACGAGCUGCUGGACGAGAUGCUGGACAAUGGCUUCCCACUGGCCACCGAGAGCAACAUUCUCAAGGAGCUGAUCAAGCCUCCCAACAUCCUGCGUACCAUUGCCAACACGGUGACAGGCAAGAGCAAUGUGAGCACCACCUUGCCGUCGGGUCAGUUGUCGGCGAUUCCCUGGCGCAGAAGUGGCGUGCGAUACACCAACAACGAGGCGUACUUUGAUGUCAUCGAGGAGGUGGACGCCAUCAUAGACAAAUCGGGAUCCACAGUCUUCGCGGAGAUCCAGGGACAUAUCGACUGCUGCAUCAAGUUAUCCGGUAUGCCAGAUCUCACGCUGUCCUUCAUGAAUCCGCGGCUCUUCGAUGAUGUGUCCUUUCAUCCUUGCGUGCGUUUCAAGCGCUGGGAGGCGGAACGCCUGCUCUCCUUCAUUCCGCCCGACGGCAACUUCCGUCUGAUGUCCUACCACAUUAGCUCCCAGUCGGUGGUUGCGAUACCCAUCUACAUCAGGCACAACUUCUCAAUCAAAACUGGGGAACAGGGGCGUCUGGAUCUGACGAUUGGGCCGAGGAAUACCUUGGGACGCACCGUGGACAAGGUGAAGCUGGAGUUAACCAUGCCGAGGUGCGUGCUCAACUGCCUGCUGACGCCGAAUCAGGGCAAAUACACAUUCGAUUCGGUGACCAAGACUCUGUCCUGGGAUGUGGGCCGCAUCGAUGUUUCCAAGUUGCCAAAUAUAAGGGGAUCGGUUUCCAUCACGCCCGGGACGACAAACAUCGAUGCCAAUCCGUCCGUGAACGUCCAGUUCCAGAUUUCGCAGCUGGCCGUCUCCGGGCUGAAGGUGAAUCGCCUGGACAUGUACGGCGAGAAGUACAAGCCCUUCAAGGGUGUCAAAUACCUGACCAAGGCGGGCAAGUUCCAAGUGCGGAUGUAGGCGUAAUCAGCAUUCCAAACCAGCAGCCGAAUCCAGCUUUAAUUAAGUGCUAACGCUAAGUGUAUUCCACUGUUUUAUGUCAUUCAAUGUUUUUGGCCCCGUGUCUCCCUCUCUAUCUCAUCUAUGUAUCUCUAUCUGCCCAUAAAAGUUAAACUGCAA